AGAUCUUUGGUACAAGAUGUCAAAAUAUUUCUGUAUCAAAGAUCUUGAGCCAUGAUCUUGGGUACAAGUCAUUUUACAGUCAAGAUCUUGGAUACAAGAUAAUUUUUAGGAUUUUAUACGCAAGAUCGUGGGCAAGAUCUUAGGAACAAAAAUAUCUUGACAUCUUGUACCAAAGAUCUUGCCAAGAUCUUUUCGAAAAAAUCUAAGAUGUCAAGAUCUUGGUUCCAAGAUGUUCGACUAGGGAACGAUGCCAGAAAGAUCUCAUUAAUUUCUGAAUCACGCAUAAUAAAAGAUCAUUCAUGAUAACAAUAAAUGACCUACUAAAUUACCUAAUUUUAUUGAAUUUGCAGUCAAUGAUUCCGGUUAUCAUGGAAAUACGACUCGUGAUGGUUUUUCUUUUCCACUACAACAGGGUCUGGUGAAUCGGGCCGGAAACUAUGACAAAACAGUCGGAAAACUAGAAUCCGAAACAUGUGAAUCUUUAUUUUCAAAAUAUCGACGUGCAGUACCUAAUUAAUUUAAGUCUCUUGCCGAUAUUCAAGCUCCUUAUCGAAUAGAGGCGCCAAUUCAUGGUUUAUUUGCUGUCGGUGGAGCUAAUGUCGAUUAUUUCACCGGAUAUUCUAAAUACAAUACACAAGAAAUUUUGUUGUGCAAUGGAAGACUACAAGAGUCGCCUGAUAUCGGCUCUGCUAUUAAGCGUCAUGUGUUCGAAAAUAAAAGCGAUUGGACCAACGCUGCUAAUUAUAACAAAGCAGCACCUGCUAAUUUUUAUGCUAAGUUUUGGCAUGAUCAAAGUAUGAAUGGUCUUGCCUAUGGAUUCGUUUAUGAUGACUUCAAUGAUCAAGCUUCCUAUUUGCAAGUUCAUGAUCCGAAAGGAUUGAUCAUUCGAAUGGGUUGGUGA